UGAACCCAUCUAAAACUUAACCCAAAUUCUGUCAAAAACGUCCAAAUCUUCCAUCAAAAGAUUCAAAAAUACACUGAAGGCUUCACUGUUUCACUGUUACAGAGAUUCAAAACUUUCUUUAUAAAAACCCCACCAAAUUUAAACGCCAAACUACAACAACAAAAUGCAUGUUCAUAUUCUACCUUUUGCUCUCUUCUUCCUCUCCUCCUCCUCCGCCUCCGCCUCUUCCGACCACCUUCAACGUACACCCCAGGAGUUCAUUGAGCUCACCCAUCUCCUUCCACCCUCUGAUCACGUGACUCCCGCAUGCAAUCUCACUAUAAUCGACCACUCCUUCACUAACUCCAUCAACAAACCUCCCUUCACCGUCCCUUACUCUCCACCCUCCGAUUGCCACCACCCCUGGUCACGCAUCAUUCUGGAAUUCCACGCCAAGUCCAAAGGUCAACAGUACGGCCUCAUAGCCGGCUUGUGGCUCGGUGGCUCCGAGCUCCUCCGUACCAGCACAGCCGAGCCUUGCAAGUCGGGUGAUUUCUGGAAAGUACGUAAAGACAUAACUAGGUAUUCUUCUCUCCUCGUACAAUCGAACCUUGACGUUACCAUGAUGUUUGAAAAUAUCGUUAACAACGUUGUUACCGGCGUUUACCACGUUAACGUCAAUCUCUUGUUUGUCAAAGAUAAAGCCGUUACUGUUCCCACUCCGUCUUUUCUUUCCCUCCAUAAUUCUAAUGCUAACUCGGGGUUUGAUUCCGAUAAAUAUUACGACCCUCCUGCUGAUUUGAUCAUUCCGGUAUCUGAAGAUGACGGUGACAAGAAAGGGUUUUGGUUUCGCAUUGAAAGUGAAUCGGAUUCCCAUUUCAAGAAAGUUAAGUUCCCGCGUAAUACUUAUAGAGCAAUCUUGGAGUUGUACGUUUCAUCUCAUGGAAACGAUGAGUUCUGGUACUUGAACCCACCAAAUUCUUAUAUAGAGUUGAAUAAUAUAACAACUGGUCGUGGUAACGGGUGUUAUAGAGAGGUUUUUGUAACAAUUGAUGGGAGAUUUAUUGCAUCAGAAGCGCCAUUUCCAGUUAUAUUCACCCACGGUGUUAAUCCAUUGCUUUGGGAACCGGUGGUCGCAAUCGGCGCUUUCAGUUUGCCUUCUUAUGAUAUUGAUUUGAGCCCGUUUCUGGGUUAUGUUUUAGAUGGAAAAGAGCAUAAGAUUACCAUUGGAGUUAACGAUGCCAUUUCGUAUUGGCUCGUGAAUGCGAAUUUACACAUCUGGUUAGACCAUAGCUCAUCUGAAGUUGAAGCCAGCUCUGCAGUGUAUCAUUAUCCAAAUCUCAGCCUUGAAACUAACGAAGCUUUCAAGUUCCUUGAUGGAAGAUUUCAGGUUGCAGCUAAGAGAAGGACCGUGUUCGUGGGAUGGGUGAAGUCAAGUUUAGGCAAUUUGACUACCAGAGCUGUAAGGCAGUUCAGGUACAAAAACUCCUUAAGAUUUGAAAAGAAUGGAGAUUACAAAUUGGUGCAACAAAAGGUUAAGGUUAAGAGAUCAGUGGAGACGAGAACUGAAAGGGGUCAUUUGGUUAAUCGUGUGCUUAUUCGGAGACGUUAUCCUCUUGAAGUGGCGACUUUGAAUUUGGCUGUAUUGAAGAAGAAGAAGAAGAAUAUAUAUGUGGUUCAUACGAAUGUCAGUCAUUCGUUCGUGGAGCAAUGUUCGAUUGGGAAGAUUCGGAGUUCUGUUACUAAUAACCAAGUUUCUACCGGAUGGAUGGAGAUUCAUAAGGAUCAUAAUUCUGUGGUUUCUGGUGAAGGAUUAACAGAGCAGAGCUACGGUUACAGGGAUGAAUUUGGUUGUUAUUCGCGUAGUGUUUCGGCAAGCAAUGGCAAGCUCGUCAAAGACAAGACCCUCCCUUGCUUAUCUCCUGUCUAACACGGCUUUAAAGCUGAUUUCUGGUUUCUUGUUGGGACAAUUCUACACUUACAAUCCAAUCUCACAAUCCCGACGUAACAGUUCAUACUUAAUCAGCUCGUAGUGGAACUCACCUACCCAAUUACGAACUCACCAAUUAUGAGUUGUCAUAUCGAGGUCAUGAAAAAAAGUUUGUAAGAUUGAGUCGUAAACCAAUCUUUAUUGUUCUUAUUAUCAGCUAUCUAAAUCAUCUUAAAUUUGUUGCUUUUAUUUAAUAAUUUAGGGUUUAUAUUGUAUCGAUCUAAUGGAAUAAUGAUGUUUGAUAAAAUACAAUAACCUUAUCUUAGCUUAAGUAAAGAGCAAACGGGAAAGAGAAUAAGUUGAUCUACCUUCAAUUGGAAUCCUCUU